GUGAAUGAAAAGCUCAAAAUUGCAAUACCAUUUAUAGUUUCUGUCAUAUCUCACACCAUGUGACAUUCAUAUCUUUUCAAAAGUUGUUGGAGUUUCACUUUUUGUGUUCUGCUUGAGUUUGUUGUUUUUUUUUUUUGUUGGCAAUGAUGAUGAACAAUUCUUCACCUCAACCAAACCAUUUUGAUGACUAUGGAUUUGAUCUUCAACAGGAUUUUUCCCAGUUUUUGGAGGAAGCUAAGGAGCAUGGACAAGAAACAAAGCAAAAGAGUUCAAUGGUGUAUCCUGAAGAAGGAUCUAAGAGAAAGGGAUUAGAGAAAGAGAGGAAGGGAAAGAAAUCAUGGAAGAGUUCAUUGGUUUCGUGGUGGAAGUUUGAUAAGAACAGCAAGGUUAAAGAAACAUUCAACAGUUAUGAAUCAAAAGUUUCUGAGAAAAGGCAAGGUCAUGUUUCUGGUCCUAUAAUGCAUAGCUCUUACAAAGGCUAUGAAGGGAAACACAAGCGUCCAUUUUCUGGACCUUUGGCAAGUUUGUUUAAGUCUACAAAGAGAGAAGAGAAUGAGAUGCCUUAUAUGACUUUAGAUCAACAAAAUGGUACUCGUCACGUUCAAAAUUAUGGUCCCGUUUAUAAGGUUACUUGACUCUUUGUUUCGCUAGUUAUGUAAGUGUUCUCUGCCGUUAACACACACUGUGGUUAACACACUGUUAGUGUCAGACAUCAAUGUCAUGUGCUAAUACAAUAUCAGUAUGGUUACAUUCAAUUACUUUAAUUUUUUAAAUUAUUAUCGGUGAUUAUAUUUUACUGACUAAUGUUCAGUGAGAUAAUUCAGAUGAAUGAAUUAGUACUUAUUUUAAGUUUG